GGCUGGAACUGUCUGUGGCAUUAGCCUCAGCAGACUCAGUCACACACACAAAACGAGAGAGAGUGGAGACACCAGGCACCAGCAGGGCUGAAACAUACUGAGGGCUGAAGAGCAGAAGCUGACAGAGUAGUUUCAAAGCAGUUGUUUCUUCAAGAAUAUCACAGUGUGCUUGGACUUGGAGGUUUGUGGAGUGUUUGUUGGCUGGACUUUGGAGAGACUGUUACCUUGUUGUUCCUGAGAAAACGUCAUCUCUUUAAAUAGGACACAGCAGAGAGACAAAUUAAGACUGUCUGCAGAGGGUUUAAUUUCACUGGGCUCCUGUUCUGCCAUGGCUGCUGUACGUCAGAUGGUUAUGGAGGCCUCUGGCUUCCAUGUCCUGCCAGCUCACCUUAUGGCGUCAGCUAUGGAGGAGUUUCCCCAGCAGUUGCCUGUCCCAAAGGGCCCGGCAAGGGGCAAGAGCCGCUCCCGUCGACCUCGCGAGGCCCGCUUCAAAACACAGCCUGUCACCUUUGCUGAGAUCCAAGAGGUAGAAGAAGAAGGUUCUUCACCCCUGGAGGAGGAAAGGGCACGGCGCUCCUUCUUGCAAUCACUGGAGAACCUGCGGCGGAGCACACAGACCCUCCACUGCCCACCGGCUGCCCAUCACAGCUCCACCCCUACACCCACACAGGCCAGCCUGGACUCCAGUGACUCCGAUUCCACCCAGUGAGGGGAGAGAUGUGACCUUCUCCUGGCACCCAUGUUCCUCGUUUUGCCUUGAUGCCGCUUCAAAUGGAGGCCACCUGAACUGAACCAAAAUGGCCUGUCUGCCAGGCUGCCUGUGUGUAAGCUGCUGCUCUCAUUCAAAAGCCUGCAUUUUAAAAAUACUAACAUGUGAACGCACGCUAUAGAGCUUGAAGAUGCACUUCCAGCACAUCUGUUAUGAGCUCCACCACAGGCUGGUUACACUGUUCCACAGAUAUGAUGAGUGUAAAUGAGUGUAGCAGAUACAGUGUUGAGCACACCACUCUUUAUAUGUAUUCCUUAUCUACUAUAGAUGUCUGGGAAAAACUUGAAGGAUGAAAGAAAGCUGAUAUUUUCCCAUUUUAAAGCUGUAUAGGUAUUUUUGUUUAAAUCCAUAUUUUUCUACUUGAGUCAUCAUAGAAAGGACUGUUAAAAGUUUUAGUAUUGUGACUUACAAGACUGUAAAUACUUCGACUAAGCAAAGCGCCCAGCAUCGAAAGUGACCUGGCUGUCACUGAAGCAGCAGAGUACCACUGAAAAAGCUUCUUUUCCAGCUUCAGUUCACAAGCAAAAACUUCCUUUCAAUGUACAUGUCUUUAUUUAUUUUCUUAUUUUGUUCAUAACCAAGCAGAGUUGUAGAUGUAAUAUUUUAUUGUUCUUUCUGACGUCUAAAGUCACCUUGACUUUCAAAGAAAAAUAUAACCUUUAUACUUGUUUUUGUUUUACUUUAUACAUAUAUGUUUGUCAUAUGUACCUAAAUAAAUAUUUUCAAAUAUUUUAAACCA